AGAAAUAAAUGUAAUUCUUUUCAGUGUGCCCUUCUCAAAGUGGUGUCUUUUCUUUUCAGCCACAACACAAAGACCACGUCAUGGCUAGAUCCUCGGCUAGCAAAGAAAGCAAAACCCCCAGAAGAGUGCAAAGAGAAUGAGCUUCCAUAUGGCUGGGAGAAAAUUGAUGAUCCCAUUUAUGGCACGUACUAUGUCGAUCACAUAAACAGAAGAACACAGUUUGAGAAUCCAGUGUUAGAAGCAAAACGGAAGCUCCAACAGCACAACAUGCCCACAACAGAAUUGGGGACCCAGCCUAUACAGGCCCAGGUGUUUAGAGAAAAGCCGCUUUUUACACGAGAUGCAUCACAGUUGAAAGGGACUUUUUUAAGCACUACACUAAAGAAAAGUAACAUGGGCUUUGGAUUUACCAUCAUUGGGGGAGAUGAGCCUGACGAGUUUCUGCAAGUUAAGAGUGUCAUUCCUGAAGGACCUGCUGCCCAAGAUGGCAAAAUGGAAACAGGUGAUGUCAUUGUCUAUAUUAAUGAAGUUUGUGUUCUCGGGCACACGCAUGCAGAUGUGGUAAAACUUUUCCAGUCAGUUCCAAUUGGUCAGAGCGUCAACUUGGUGCUAUGUCGAGGAUACCCCUUACCCUAUGAUCCUGAAGAUUCUGCAAGCAGCUUGGUUCCUCCUUUGGCAGUAAUAGAAAGGCCUCCAGUUGUGGUAAAUGGACGAAAUAACUAUGAGACCUAUUUGGAAUACAUUUCUAGGACGUCUCAAUCUGUACCAGAUGUAGCAGAACGACCAAUGCCUUCUUUGCACUCCAUCCCAGCAGAUGGUCAGAUUGAAAAUACAUUUCCUCCACCUCCACCUGCACAUGAUGAUAAUGUAUCUAUGGCUUCUUCUGGAGCCACACAAGCAGAACUCAUGACCUUAACCAUUGUGAAAGGGGCACAGGGCUUUGGCUUCACAAUAGCAGACAGUCCAACAGGACAACGAGUGAAGCAAAUUCUAGACGUUCAGGGAUGCCCUGGUUUAUUCGAAGGGGAUCUUAUAGUUGAGAUAAACCAGCAGAAUGUACAGAAUCUGAACCAUUUAGAAGUAGUAGAGUUGCUAAAAGAAUGUCCUGUGGGAAGUGAAACUUCUUUGGUAAUUCAUAGAGGAGGUUUCUUCUCUCCGUGGAAAAGUUCCAAGCCUAUGAUGGAACGUUGGGAGAAUCAAGGAAGCCCCCAGACUAGUUUAUCAGCACCAUCAAUACCACCCAAUCUACCAUAUCCACCAACCUUACACAGAGGUUCAUUUCCUGAUUCUACAGAGGCCUUUGACCCAAGAAAACCUGACCCCUAUGAACUUUAUGAGAAAUCAAGAGCAAUUUAUGAAAGUAGGCAACAAGUGCCACCCAGAGCUGGUUUCAGAGCGGAUCCUUCUGGUCCUGACUUCAAGGAGUUGGAUGUUCACCUUCGACGGCAAGAGUCUGGCUUUGGCUUUAGAAUACUUGGUGGUGAUGAACCUGGCCAGCCUAUUUUAAUUGGUGCUGUGAUAGCAAUGGGCUCAGCAGACAGAGAUGGCCGGCUACGACCUGGUGAUGAAUUGCUCUAUGUAGAUGGAAUUCCAGUUGCUGGUAAAACUCACCGAUAUGUGAUUGAUCUCAUGCAUAAUGCUGCUCGUAAUGGACAAGUUAAUCUUACUGUGAGAAGAAAGGUGCUAUCCAUAGGCGAUAAUUGUCCAGAGAAUGGCAGGAGUCCUGGCUCUGUGUCAACACAUCACAGCUCCCCUAGAAGUGAUUCUGCAUAUCCAAACAGUAAUCAUACUACACAAAGCAACGCUUCUCCUCCUGAAGGCUUUGCCUCUCAGAACUCGCAAUCCAGUGAUGUGGUCAUCCACCGAAAGGAGAAUGAAGGGUUUGGCUUUGUCAUUAUCAGCUCCUUGAACAGGCCAGAAUCAGGAGCCACAAUAGCUGUACCACAUAAAAUUGGCCGAAUUAUUGAGGGAAGCCCUGCAGACCGCUGUGGAAAGCUAAAAGUUGGAGACCGGAUCUUAGCUGUGAAUAGCCAGUCUAUAAUCAACAUGCCUCAUGCGGAUAUUGUUAAACUGAUUAAAGAUGCAGGUUUAAGUGUAACACUAUGCAUUGUUCCUCAGGAGGAUUUAAACAGCCCAGCGUCUGCACCCAGUUCGGAGAAGCAGAGUCCUAUGGCCCAGCAACACAGCCCCAUGGCGCAGCAGAGUCCAGUAGCCCAGCACAGUCCAGUAGCACAGCCUCCUCCCCCACAGCCAUUACAAUUGCAAGGUCACGAAAAUAGUUACAGGUCAGAGGUAAAAGCCAGACAAGAUGUAAAGCCAGACAUUAGGCAGCCACCUUUUACAGACUACCGUCAGCCAUCAGCGGAUUAUAGGCAGCCUCCUGUAGAUUAUAGACACCCACCAGUACUCGAUUACCAGCAACCUCCUCCUUUGGACUACAGGCAACCUCCCCUAAUAGAUUACCGGCAACAUUCUCCUGACACUAGGCAGUAUCCACUCCCUGAUUACCGACAGUUCCAGGAAUAUGACUAUUUCACAGUAGAGAUGGAGAAGGGAGCUAAAGGAUUCGGCUUCAGCAUACGUGGAGGGAGAGAAUACAAGAUGGACUUGUAUGUGCUCAGACUAGCAGAGGAUGGCCCUGCAAUACGAAAUGGGAGAAUGAGGGUCGGUGAUCAAAUCAUAGAAAUCAACGGGGAAAGCACACGAGACAUGACACAUGCUAGAGCAAUAGAACUCAUUAAAUCUGGAGGAAGAAGAGUAAAGCUGUUACUAAAGCGUGGAACAGGGCAGGUCCCGGAGUAUGACGAACCAAACUCCUGGAGUUCACCCUCUGCCACCUCCCCAGGGCCGGAAAUAGGAAUUUCUCUUGAAGACAUGAUUGCACCAUUAUCUUCAUCACAUUUAGCCUUGCCCUCUGACCCUACUCACCAGAUACACCCAGAGCCAGCAUGGGAUAUCUACAGGGAACAAGACAUGGGAAAACCAAAGGAGCUUACUGCAAAUGGUCAUAAAAAGAAACGGCUGGGAGAGUCGAGAGAGAGAUCAGCAAGCCCGAAGAAAGUAGAUAGAUCACGGCGUGAGGAGAGCUUCAAAAAAGAAUUUCAUGAUGGAAAACAGAAAAAAUCUGAGAGUAGCAAGACCAUUUCUGCAGGGAAAGGGACUGUAAAAAAUGUUGGUGAAGUGGGAGAGUGCAGGUAUACUGCAGUCAGUGACAGUGGAGGACGGACCUCCAGGUCCACUGAAGCAAACCGUGAAGGAAUAUUCUGUACAAAAGACACAUAUAAGGAUGCAACCAGUGAGAAGAAAUCAGUGACGGCUCUUGAGCAGAGCAGGUCAGAUUCAGGUGGGGUAUCAAAGAUGUACAGUAGCAAUAUGUCCAGCUGUCGAGCAAGUGCCAUGGACCAAGAUGAAAGAGAUGCUGAAGUUAAAUGCAGUGAGACUCAAAAGGAAGGGCCUCCCCAUUCCAGUAACACCCGCAGCACCAACGCUGCACCUCGGAAAGCAACUGUCUCACCAGGACCAUGGAAAAUUCCUGGCUCUGAUAAGCUACCUAGCAGCCUGAAAUCUGGCUCUUCAGCCAUGAGCAGAUAACUGAAUCUCUGACAGUUCCCUUUACUUGUUUCACAUAGACUUGGAAAAAUUAUUUUCCUUAGCUUCUGUCUCAAAUAAUUUUAUUUUCUUUUAUUUAUUUUAAUUUUCACAUGCAUUUACCUACACAAACCCAUCUGGGACCAGAUGCAUAUAUUUUGUAUUUCUGUAAGGUUGUGCACAGUGUCUAAACAGUAUAAAGAAGUAAGUACAGUUGAUGCAAAGCUGUACAUCAGUAGCCGGAUCUCCCAGGUCCUUAUCUCCGGGGUCCAGCAGCUAUGGAAGAACCAAAACAACAGGGAGUGCACCAGAGGCAAACAGUGCAGUGUAGCUUUAGUAUGUAUUUUUUCACUGUAUGAAGGAUUCGGGAACCACUCCAGUCUUGUCUGUAGCAAAUCAAAAAGGACAAAUAUAGAGCAAUCACAAACUGGAACAUCGCCUUAAAUCAAACUGCACUGAGUAAGAUGGAGUAAAUGAAUUAUGCCUUGUAAUUCGACGAUGGUAUUGUAAAUAUACUGCUAUCAACAUAUCUAGACAGGGGUUAAGGUAUUUCUCUGAAGCUUUGAGUCUGCAAACCAUAAUGUGUUCAGUAGGAACCUCUCUCUCCAUUAACCCGCAUAUGUAGGUAGGUGUGUGCUGCCCAUUAACUUGGAAGGUUAGCGUGCUGACUGAUGUGGCUCCGUUUUUAUUACCAUUUUAUGUGAAUACUUCAUAUAUCUGUACAUUUCAAACAAAAUGAAACUGGAAUGAAAUCUGUACAUCUGCACACGUUCAAGUGUACACUUAUUGUACAGUACAUAGAAGUUCUCUCAUAUGACUAAAUAUUCUGAGAUCACAGAUGAGAACCUAUUAA